AUGAAUAUUAGAAACUCUGUACAAUUGUUUAGAGGAUGGAGAAACAAAUCUACGUUCACAGAGAAGAACAGGGGAGUUAAAAUCUCAAAAUUCAGCGAAAAUGCCAACAAAGACCAUAAAUUCGACUGCUACUUUGAAUUGGAAGAUGAUUAUAAGCGUUUAGCCAGAAAUUGCAAAGUUCCAUACUAUAUGUUCGGAAUACUAACUGUAAUGCCAACCAGUAUCUCUUUGAUCACACCUCCAUCGCCUUCAUACCCAAAACUACUAGCAGACCAGCUCAAAAUGUCAUCCUUGACCCUUUCAUGGAUGGCCGCUACUCACAUUGGAUUCCAACUAGCCGGUUUUGGAAAAAGGACACUACUAUCUAAAUCAAGGGGAAUAAUUGGUCUGUUCUUUGCUACAGUUGGUGCAGCUGGAACUUUAAUCGGUGCAGAUUACUCCCUAACAAAGGGAUUUUAUGGUCUCAUUGUAUGCUAUACACUCAUGGGAUCGUAUAAUGCGAUAUUAUCCUCCAGGAGGUUGCUUCCAAAAUCCAUUUUAAAGCCAUCAAACAACCUAGUACUGCUGAACCUUGUGCUUGCCGCAAUAAGUCUAAAGCGAACAUAUAGCAUUGGCAGUGACAUAAAACACAGCAGCUACGAAGAUAUUGUUAAAAGAUUUGAAGCCGAACACACUUGA